AGCAACCAAAAUUUUUUUGUUGAAUCAACAAAAUUUUAAUUGUCUCAAUCAAAAUUUGUUGGACACAAUCAAAAUUAGAAAAAAAGGAUUUUUGUUGUCCUAACUAAAGUUUGAUUGGGACAACCAAAAUUUUGUUGAUUCAACAAAAAAAAUUUGGUUGCUAAAAUACCAACCGAACGUUUGGUUGUCAAUACCAAACCAUUUUUUCAGUGUAUAUGUAACGGUGACGUUACAUAUUACUAUUUCUUUGUUAAAAGUAUUAAAACUUUAUCGACUAAUUAUAUAAAAAUUAUUUUUGUCACGUGUUAACUUUAAUUAACAAUUAUUAUUUCAAGAAAAAUUUAAGUGUGACUGUAAGCAUUAUCUAUAAAACAGGUUUCUUUGGUGUCUUUGGGUAGGAGAAGGAAAUAUAACUUGAACUAUAUACACGUAUCAAUAUUAACAUUAUUUUUCACUUAAAAAUAUAGAAUAUUUUAAAGUGAUUUUAAAGAAAUGACCAUAUUAAAAUUUUAAACUAAAGGUCUGUCAGUGAAGUAGCAAAUAAGUUCUAUUUGUUUGUAAAAAGUAUUAAAAUUACACUUAUAAAAAUAUAUUGUAGAUAAUCAGAGGGAAAUAAAUUUUCUAAAUAGGAAAUUAGUAUCGACUUCGAAUUCGUUUAAACUAUUUACUUAUAUCUUCAUUGGUCAUCUCUCAUUGCUGAUUAAAAAACUUGGAUAUUUUGUGUGUGAUAUAAAAUAAUAAAAUUAUUUAUCCAGAAUAUUCUGAAAAAAUUGUUUUCAAAGUAUAUAGUCGUUUCACUAUUAAUUCUAUUAGAAAGAAGAACGAGAAUACAAUAAUUGCAGUUUAUUCACAUUAUAUAUUAGUACUCAUAGAAUUUAAAAAAAAAAGUUCCAAAGCAAUGAAUCAAAAAUGAAAAUCUUGUUUUUUCAAAAUUGGUUUUCAAACCUUGGCGGAAGGUUUAUUAAAGGAGAAGUUAAUGAACAAUCACCAAGUGAAGGAAGUCGAACUCAACAGUAUUUUACAGCAGCUUGUGCGUGUACCAUAAUAGCAGCUUCCGGAUCAUAUCAAGUAUGGUCGUCGCCAUCUAUUCCUCACUUGACAAGCAAGAAGUUCAAAUUUUCUGUAACAGAACAACAAAUUAUUUGGAUAGUAUCAUUAUACAAUGUUGGUGAUAUUUUUGGAGCAUUUCUAAAUCCUUUAUUCAUUGAUCGCAUUGGACGCAAAAACACUUUAUUUCUUUUUUCUCUACCAAGCUUAAUUGGAUGGGGAUUAAUAAUUUUUGCACAAAACUAUAUUUACCUUUGCAUUGCGAGAUUUAUUGGAGGAAUUAGUCAAGCAAGUGCCUUUAAUUCUUUAUCAAUCUAUCUAACAGAAAUUUCUGACAAAAAUGUCCGUGGAAUGCUGGUUAAUAUGAUGCAAAUAUCACUCUAUAUCGGCGUCUUCACCUUCACAACAAUUGGAGCAUUUGCAUCUUAUGAAACUUUAAACAUUUCCUCUGCCUCAAUAUUGAUUAUAUUCAUUCUUAUAAUUUCAUUUUUACCCGAAACGCCUUAUUAUUAUCUUUUACAAGGAAGAAGAGCUGAUGCUAUGAAAUGCUUGAUGAAACUAAGGGGAAUAAGUUCAUCAGACAAAUUGGAACCUGAAAUAAGUGAAAUGGAAUUAGUAAUUGAAGAAGAUAAAAAAAAUACAAAAACAUUUGCAUUCUUGGAAUUAUUCACGAAAAGUUACAAUCGAAAAGGAUUGAUAAUCAUGUUCUUUAUGAGAGCAACCAUGAUGCUUUCAGGUAUUGUUGCUAUUAUUGCUUAUGCUGAAGAUAUUUUUAGUCAAAGUAGUCUUCCAAUUAAAACAGGUAUUCAAGUGAUUAUUUUUAACGGAAUAGGAUUGCCAGCAAGUUUAUGUACCGGCUUUUUUAUAGAUAAAAUUAACAGAAGAUUAUUGUUUUCCACAACUGCUAUGUUGGGUUCAUUUUGUCUAGGUAGUGUUGGUCUCUUUUUCUUUCUAAAGUAUUAUCUUAGGACAGAAACUUCUUCAAUUGCAUGGUUACCAGUUGUAGCAUUAACAUUACUUCAAAUAUUUUUUAUUUCUGGAUUUGGAAUAAUUCCCCAUAUUUCUAUUGGCGAAUUUUUUUCAAUGAAAGUGAAAGGUAGUGCAGUUUGCUUGGGUAGAAUUCUCAUAUCCGUUAUUAAUUUUGCCACUACUGCCGGAUAUAAACCAUUGAGCAAUAGUUUUGGAAUCUACACGACUUUUUGGAUUUUUGCUUCUCUUACUUUUGUUGGAUCUUUGGUGACUUAUUGGAUCACACCAAAUACAACAGGAAUGACAUUGGAGGAAAUUCAAGCUAUGCAAAAUCCAGCACUAGAGAAUAAGCUAAAUUUAAAACAUAGAUUAGAAGGAAGUAAAAAUUAUGAUAUUUCUCAUCAAAGGCAAUAUUCUAAUGAGAGAGUCAAUGAAGAUACGGAAAAUGAAGGAAGUCGCACCAAGCAAUACAUUGCAGCAGUUUGUGCAAGCAUAACGAUAAUAGUAUGUGGAGCUGGUCAAACAUGGUCAUCACCGGCGAUACCACAUCUGACAAGAGAACAUUCUUUGUUUUUAGUAACUGAUGCACAAGCUAUUUGGAUCGUUUCACUGUACAAUGUUGGUGAUCUUAUUGGAGCCCUUUUAAAUCCAUUGUUUAUUGAUCGAAUUGGACCAAGACUUAUUACCGGUAUCAGUCAAGGAAGUAGUCUCAAUUGUCUCAUUAUAUAUUUAACAGAAAUUUCCGACAAAAAUGUCCGUGGAAUGCUAGUUAAUAUGAUACAAAUAUCAUUUCAUAUUGAAACGCCCUAUUUUUAUCUUUUGAAAGGCAAGAAAACCGAUGCUAUGAAGUGCUUGAUGAAAUUAAGGGGAAUAAAUUCAUCAAACAAAUUAGAACCUGAAAUACGUGAAAUGGAAUUAGUAAUUGAGGAAGAUAAAAAAAAUACAAAAACAUUUGCAUUCUUCGAAUUAUUCACGAAAAGUUACAAUCGAAAAGGAUUGAUUAUCAUGUUCUUUAUGAGAGCAACAAUGAUGUUAUCAGGUUAUGUCUGUAUUGUUGCUUAUUCUGAGGAUAUUCUCAGUCAAAAUAGUCUUCCAAUUAAAGCAGGUGUUCAAGUGAUGAUUGUAAAAAUGAAAAAAUUUUAUUUUGGAAGUUAUGAUAUUUCUCGACAAAGGCAAUAUUCUAAUGAAAGAAUCAAUGAAGAUACAAAAAAUGAAGGAAGUCGCACCAAGCAAUACAUUGCAGCAAUUUGUGCAAGCAUCACGAUAAUAGCAUGUGGAGCUAGUCAAAUAUGGUCAUCAUCGGGGAUACCCUAUCUAACAAGCAAACAUUCUUUAUUUCUUGUAACGGAUGCACAUGCUAUUUGGAUCGUUUCACUGUACAAUGUUGGUGAUCUUAUUGGAGCCCUUCUAAAUCCUUUAAUCAUUGAUCGUAUUGGACGUAAAUACACCUUAUUACUUUCUGCCCUACCAGGUCUAAUUGGAUGGUGUCUUAUUAUUUUUGCUAAAAAUUAUAUACAUCUCUAUAUAGCUAGACUUAUUUCCGGUAUCAGUCAAGGAAGUACUCUCAAUUGUCUCAUUAUAUAUUUAACAGAAAUUUCCGAAAGAAAUAUCCGUGGAAGACUAGUGAAUAUAAUGCACAUAGCAUUGAAUUUUGGUAUUUUUAUAUUUACAAUUGUUGCUGCUUUUACAUCUUAUCAUAUUUUCAAUAUUUCCGCUGCCUCGUUGAUUAUUUUUUUUCUUCUGUUAUUUCAAUUUGCACCGGAAACACCAUAUUAUUAUUUUUUACACGACAAAGAUGACGAUGCCAUUAAGUGUUUAAUGAAAUUAAGAGGAAUCACAUCAUCAGAGAAACUAGAAGGUGAAAUAAGAGAAAUAAAAAUUGCAAUAGAGGAGGAUAGGAAAAAUACAAAAACUAUUGCAUUCUUGGAAUUGUUUAGUAAAAAUUAUAAUCGAAAAGGUGUGAUAAUAAUGUUUUGCAUGAAAAUGACGCAAAUGCUGUCGGGCAUUACACCUGUUCUUUAUAACGCUGAAGAAAUUCUUAGUCAUAAUAAUCUACCUAUUAAAGCUGGAGUUCAAGUUGUGAUUUGGCAAAGUAUAUCAUUACCAGCAGCCAUAUUAACUGGUUUUUUCAUAGAUAGAUUUAGUAGAAAAAUUCUUUUUCUAACAUCGGGAAUAUUAACAUCCAUUUUUUUGACAAUUAUUGGCAUUUUUUUCUUUAUGAUUGAUUAUCUUCAUAGGGAUGCAACAUCCUAUGCAUGGUUACCACUUGUGUCAGUAACUACAUAUCAAAUUGUGUAUACAUUGGGAAUUGGUAGCAUUCCUUAUAUUAUUCAAGGUGAACUUUUUCCAAUUAGAGUGAAAGGUAGUGCUGUUUGUUUGGGAAGAAUUAUUAGUGAUACAUUUGGAUUUGUCACUUCUGCUGGAUAUAAACCAUUGUGCAAUGCAUUCGGAGUAUAUACAACCUUUUGGUUUUUUGCACUAGCUACAUUUGUCGGAUCAUUGAUUUCAUAUUUAAUUUCAACUGACACUGCAAGAAUGACUUUAGAGGAGAUUCAAGCAAUACAGAAUCCAGAAUUAGGAAAGAAACUUGAAUUGGAACGUGGAGUUCAACUUACAGAAAGUAUUCGUAGAAGACGUUGUGCAUAGUUUGUUAUACGGAAAAAAAUUUCGUGAGUACAGAAAAUUCUGCACUAUUACUGAUCAACAUAUACGAAAUUUACAGAUUUCGAAUGUAGAAACAAAAUAUUUUGUUUCUGUGAGUUGGCGUUGUUGGUUAAACGGAAAUUUUUUUUUUAAUCUAAGAGCAGAUGAAAAGCAAAUAUAAAUGUUAUUUCGAUUAAAUGUAAAUUAUAAAAAAAAAUUAAUAAAGAAAACACAUUUUUUAUGUA